CAGAACGUGCCGUGCACUAUCCUUGGCAAGCACGCGCCAGGCAGUGGAGAUGUGUCGCAGAUUUGAAAACUCCCAAACAGAGGCGAGAAUAGGUCGGAACAUCUAGAGAACACUGGAAACAUAGACAGGUCGUUCAGUUCAGGGAAAAAAGCUAUCAAGAGGACCAAACCUGGCUUAUUUCGAAAAGGGUUGCACGACUUUCACCAUUUAGGCUACACAUUUUGUAGGAAGGAACAGAGAGUGCGUACUAGCCUACUUGCGUCCUUCCUAUAGCGUGCGGGAAGCUCAAGAUAGUGGCGAUGGAGCUGUCAUCACUUGGCGAACAAGUGUUUGCUGUUGAAUCUAUCACUAAAAAGAGAGUUAGAAAGGGAAACGUGGAAUAUCUACUGAAGUGGCAAGGCUGGCCUCAAAACAGGUACAGCACAUGGGAACCCGAGGACCACAUACUGGACCCGCGCCUGGUUCUGGAGUACGAGGAAAAUGUGCUUUUCCCCAGGGAGGAGAAGGACAGAGCCUUGGCCUAUAGGAGAAAGGGCCUCCGACCACGCAGGCUAGUCCUGAGGAACAUGUACCCCAUGGACCUUCGCAGUGCCCACAAAGUGCCUGAUAAGCCGCCCCCUCGCCUCCGCCUCUCUCUCACGCGCUCCAUGGGAGCAGAGCUGGAGCACGGGGUCCGGCCGUGCAGGCCAGGGGACAGGGCCGGUGUCCUACGCCGCCUGGAGAAGCGGCGCAGCAAACAGGGGGCGACCAGAGCCCUGAUGCUGGACCCACGACCUCCACGUCUACAGAAGGUCCCACACUACACGCAGGACUCGAUGGAAGAGGAGAACCACAGAAGGGAAGAGGAGGACCACCACACAAUGGAAUACCCAGACAAGAGAGAGAUCACACUGCAAGACAACAACAACAAAGCAGACCAGGACCAGGACAUUCCCAGCGGCCCGCAGUUUUCAGAUGGCUACUGUUCCUCAGCUGAGCAGGACAUGGCAAUGGUGACCGAGGCAGUGGAGGACUGCGGAUUGUGUCACAGGCCAGGGGAUGAGCCUGUUGAAGGCAAGACCCCCAUGGCAGGGACAGGGCUGAAUGACACAGCCAGGACUUUGGGUGAUCCCGAUUUGAGUACAAACCCUGACAGCUUAGGGAGGGACUCUCUAUCAGAGGGAACACAAGACGUGGCGAUGACUGACGAAUCACAGAGCGCUUCCACCACGGCGAGAGAGGCAGACACACACGUUUCCCUAGACACAGUGGACAGCUGUUUGGCACCAAGAGAUAGCUCUACCACCCCUUGUAUCAAGGCAGAGUGCGAAUUGGUCGUGGUGUCCAAGCGGGACGUUUCCAUUGGUAAGAAGGGGUCAGAGUCAAGUACCACCUCACGGACCUCUGGCAAAGUGAUAGUGACAGAUGUGACCAUUAAUUCCUUGACAGUGACAUUCAAAGAGGCACUGACAGCUGAGGGUUUUUUUAAGGGCUGUGGGAUGGAGUGAAAAGGAGUUCAGGAGGUCAAAUGAAGGAAAAGAUAAAAAGACACCGAAAGACAGGAAAGGUGGAGGUCCAAGACAGGUGUUUGGAAGGAACUCAUGAAUGUCACUUACUGCGUAAUUAUUCCAACCUUCCUUGUACAAAAGCUAGUGAUUUGUUCUGUGUUUUUUGCAAAGUAGUACUACCUUUCCGCAGUAUUGCUUCCAGUAAAAAAAACCACUGCAACAAAACAGCUUCCACACAUCUCUAGCUCAUUUCUUUGAUGUUGUCCGUUAACAGAACAAGCUCAAAAAAAGCACUGCAUUAUGAAGUUCAAAUACAGUACAGGAAGCUUUGUUUAUGUGUGUGACUACCAGCUGUAUGUGUGUAUAUGAUGGACGCAGCGCACAAUCAUGUGUUGGCUUGUUGGCCUUUCGCGGUGAAAAAGGUUACCUGGCUCUAUUUUUGUUUUUGUGGCUGCACAUCUCCCUUUACUCCGUUGUGAAGCCUGUGCAUUUUUAACGAGGAGGGUGUCAAUUUACACUACACUGCUCGCGCAGAUGCUGUAGUAGGACUAGGAUGUGUUCACAGUUGAAUUUUAUGUUUCUGUUGUAUUUAUCGCAUGUCCAAAAAACACCUAAAUUUAAAUUAUCCGCCAUAUGGUUAAAACCAGAUAAUAAUCUUGGGGGAAAAGACAGUUUGGUGUACUUGAAUGUUUGCUUGCUGGUUUUUGGUGUAGUUUAUAAUAACAAUGCAUUUUUUUAUUACCAAUAAUAAUAAUUAAAAAAAAAAAACACA